GAGGACCAUAACAGCAGCAACUCCUCCUUUGACGUCUGACUCCUGUGAGACAGACUGAAUAAAAAGUUAGGCUGCAAAAGCUUCCACAUGAAGGUUUCCCUAAUUCUUAAAGUUCCUAGAGUUCCACAUCUCAGAAUGUCCUACACCAGUGGUGAAGAAAACCUGGAAUCUGUUGGGUUUCUGGAGAAACUCCCAAAUGGAAGCGCAGCUCUGCAGGAAGAGGGAGGAGGAGAAAGGAUGGAGAGAAAACAGGAAGUGCUUCCUUCUGGAGACCCAGGAGGAACUGGUCAGGAGGAAAAUGCAAAAACAUGCAACCAGGUAGAAAAGAAAGAAGAGGGAGACAUUAUCCACACUGAGGAUGAGGAGAUCAAGAAGCAGCUUCCUUCCUCCUCCAGUAUUUCUCCUUCACCACAGGAGGAGGAAGUUAGAGGAAAGGAGGAGAACAAUGUAGAAGAACAGGAUAAGAUGACAGGAGAUGAGGGUCCCUGUUCCUCCCCUGCAUCUCCUCCAGGAGAAGCAGGACUUGAUGGUGUUGAUGAUAAAGAGGAGGAGCAACUGGAAUAUGAGGUGGUGCUGUCAGCAGUGAAGCUGCAGGAGGAGUCCAAAGAGCUCUCAAAUCUUAAAACAAGUGCCUCUUUUGAACCAGAACCUCCUGCAGAGGAGAGUCAUCCAAAAGCUCCUGCAGAGGAGAACCAACCAGAAGCUCCUGCAAAGGAGAACCAAUCAGAACCUCCUGCAGAGAAGAGUCAUCCAGAAGCUCCUGCAGAGGAGAACCAAUCAGAACCUCCUGCAGAGAAGAGUCAUCCAGAAGCUCCUGCAGAGGAGAACCAAUCAGAACCUCCUGCAGAGGAGAGUUAUCCAGAAGCUCCUCCAGAGGAGAAUCAUCGAGAAGCUCUGGAGAACAAACCAGAACCUCCUGCAGAGGAGAGAAAUACAGAACUUCCUGAAGGAAAGAACCAACCAGAACUUCCUGCACCUCCUUCCACAACUGACGAGGAGUUCCCUGGCAACAAAACAAAUGCCUCUCCUGUGGAUUUUCCCUCUAAAACCUCAGCGUCUCCUGCAGGUGCUCUUCCAAAUCGUAACGCAAAGGCCUCCUCUUCUCCUCUCAGAAGAUCAGGCGUUCCUCCUCCCCUCAACAAAGGUAAAGCAGCUGUGAAGGCGACAGUUGAUGAAGCUGUGAAGGUCUCUAGGACAGCAGGGGGCAGCAUAGCUGCAAAGAUGAUCUCAGCCAAGAGUACAGAGUCCAUGGACGGCGUCAACAGUCCAGGAAGUCGCUCACCUGCCAGCAGAUCAUCCACCCCCAACCGAGAUGUGAAAAAGGUGGCUGUUGUCCGGACCCCUCCCAGGUCUCCUGGUUCUGCCCGUGGUCGAACACCUCCCACCUCCCAUCCUAUGCCUGACCUUAGCAGUGUGAAGUCCAAAGUGGGAUCCACAGAGAACCUGAAGCACUCACCGGGAGGGGGAAAGGUUCAAAUUGUCCACAAGAAGCUGGAUUUAAGUAACGUGACAUCAAAGUGUGGCUCUAAGGAAAACCUCCACCACAAACCAGGUGGAGGGAAGGUGGAGAUCAAGUCUGAGAAGGUGGAUUUCAAAACUGUUCAGUCCAAAGUUGGUUCUCUGGAAAAUGUCACCCACACUCCAGGAGGAGGGAAGAAGAAGAUUGAGAGUCAUAAGCUGAUGUUCAGAGAGAAUGCUAAAGCUCGGACUGACCAUGGUGCUGAAAUCGUCGUUCAGGAGGACUCUUCCCCCCGUCGCCUUAGCAACACUUCCUCCCGUGGAAGUGUCAAUGCUGAUGAAGCUCCGCCCCUCGAUACUCUGGCCGACCAGGUGUCUGCAUCCCUCGCCAAACAAGGCCUGUGAUUGGACCAGCUCUGUGCCUGCAACUCCCCCACCUUCUUUGUUACCAAGGAAACCAACAGACUGCAGAAACAAAAUAUUUCUAACUCCAUGUUAUAAAGACACGCUGUGAUUGGAGAGACUUUAUGAAUCAGAGUGAACAGCAGCCAGUCAGAGUUCAGCCAGCCAGGUGACUCAGGUAGUCUGUUCCCUCCAUCUUCACCUGGUUUUACUUGUUCCUGCCACUGCCUCAGGUGUCACCUGGGGUGUUUGUUUGAAGCACGCUUCAUGACGCAGACCCCAGGUGACCAAUAGAGGCAAUAUGGAGACCAAAUGUUAGAUUCAGAUGAUCAAGAAGACCUUCACCAGAGUCAGGCAGAGAAGAUCAGAGAGGAAUUAUCCCAGAUUUUAGGAUUAAUUCAAUGAAACCGGGACAUAUUUGCCUUUUAAAUCAGAUUGACCUCAGACACGUUCAGAGUCGACCCUUUUAUAAAGAAAGAUCUUGAAGGUAACAUCCAUGAAUAGAAGGAAAACCAGAGAUUAGGACCUGAAAAGAACCACUGCUGGUGUCCAGAGCAAAUAAGCUGCUCCUCCCAAUCAGGUGACUCUGAUAAAAUCUCUCCAAUCACAGACGACCUCUCGCUGAUGUCAUCUCUCUUAGCCACUUACCAUCCUCUCAGUUUUGAACGUGACUGUGCAGUUGGCCCCUCCCCACAUAAUUACCCAGAAUGCCGUUUGAUACCAGGUGCCAAACUGCUGCUCUGUCUGUGCCUGUCAGCUGUCCAAGUGCUUUGGAACAAUAAAGUUUCUCUUAGCUCGAAA